CACAUGAUCGUGAAUACUCUUCUAAUCGAUUCUGAUACGGAAGCGAAUUUGGUUUGCAUUUAUUUGUAAAAUAACAUCGUUUUGAGAUCGUUAAACAUGUUAGAGGAUCAUGCCAUGGAAGAAAAUAAUCAUUAUAUUCUAGAAUCUGAUUUGCACGAGCUGGCAAAAGAUUAUUCCCAGUAUUUAGAGGUGGAUUCAUCAAAGGAGAGGCAGACAUUUUAUAACAGCAUAGAAGAAAUGUUAACAAAGUUGGACGAGUUUGGAGGUUUGGUUGACACGAUAAGAAGUGACACAAGUUUAUGUGUAGAUAAAAAUGUUCAAGAGAUUCAGACAAAGUGUGAAGACAUGAAGCAGAUCUUUAGAAGAAUUGACCAACUUGAGGAAUUUGUGAAGAUAGUAAGAAAAGAUGUGGCAAAUAUGGAAGAAUGUGUGAACAAGGCGGAAAAUGAUAUGGGAUCUUUCAGCAGUUUUAAGAAAAUAUUCUCUUCACUAGUGGGUGGUAAAAAGUCCGGCCAGAGCAGAGAAGAGAGGGGAGAGUUUAUGCCUCCAGAUAUAUUUGUCACAGAACAAUAUUUAAACCCUGCACCAAGUGUUGACCCUGCACCAAGUGUUGACCCUGCAUCAAGUGUUGACCCUGCACCAAGUGUUGACCCUGCACCAAGUGUUGGAGAGACUGAAACUUCAAUAUCAACAGUUAAUGAACCCAAAGAUAAUUCAGAUGUUCAGCCUUCAACGGAUACACAAAGUUAAUAUUGUCAGUUUGUUCGAUAAAAGCGCCUGUGAUUUUAAAAUUGAAAUAGUUUACUGAAUAGAUUGAAAUGUUCCAGAAUACAUUCAAUUGGAUUAAGUGCGAGGUUGUAUAACUGUUUGAAUGAUAAAGAAGAAUGUUGUUUAUGCAUUGUAGGGGUAUAAAGCCAUAUCAAAUGUAACAUUUCAUAAAAAUUAUAAACGCUAAAACUACAUGUAUGGUUGUUAGCUCGACUAUUCGAUAAGAAUAAGUAGAGCUAUUGUAGUCACCCGAGCGUCGGCGUCUGCGUCGGCGUAACCACUUAUGUUAAAGUUUUUGUAAUAGUUCAAAUAUUUUCAAAGUCCAUUGACAUAUGGCUUUGAAACUUUGCACACUUGUUCACCAUCAAGACCCCAACCUGUAGACAGGAGGAGGUAACUCUAUCAAGCAUUUUGACAGAAUUAUGCCCCUUUUUCGACUUAGAAUUUACGUUAAAGUUUUUGUAAUAGUUCAAAUAUUUUCAAAGUCCAUUGACAUAUGGCUUUGAAAUUUUGCACACUUGUUUACCAUCAUGACCCCAACCUGUAGACAGGAGGAGGUAACUCUAUCAAGCAUUUUGACAGAAUUAUGCCCCUUUUUCGACUUAGAAUUUACGUUAAAGUUUUUGUAAUAGUUCAAAUAUUUUCAAAGUCCAUUGACAUAUGGCUUUGAAAUUUUGCACACUUGUUUACCAUCAUGACCCCAACCUGUAGACAGGAGGAGGUAACUCUAUCAAGCAUUUUGACAAAAUUAUGCCCCUUUUUCGACUUAGAAUUUACGUUAAAGUUUUUGUAAUAGUUCAAAUAUUUUCAAAGUCCAUUGACAUAUGGCUUUGAAACUUUGCACACUUGUUCACCAUCAUGACCCCAACCUGUAGACAGGAGGAGGUAACUGUAUCAAGCAUUUUUUUUACUAUCAAGCACUAAGAAUAGUCGAGCUUUGCUGUCCUACCGACAGCUCUUGUUUUCGUAAUCUUAUGGUUGAUUCCCGAAAAUGUUGUGACAUAGAAUGUCUCUGCUAUUUAACAUACAUUAAUAAUGGUAUGUAAACAUAAUAGAAUGUUUCAGAACAAAAUAUUAUCAAGCUAUUUUUGUAGGGUUUUUAAAUGUUUAAGCAAUAAAUUCAUGCAUGUGCCCUUUGUUAUUCAAAGAAUAUUUCUUUCAUGCAGAGGAUUUUUGAAAUAUAUUUUUUUCAAAAUUCCAUAAACAAUUUCUGGAACAGCAUACAGAAGGAAGAAAGCUGUGACAAUGGUUUUUCACUGCCAUCAUUUUAAUAAUCAGGACUUUCAACAAGCUAUCGUAACUGAAUAAUGUGAACAGGGCUUCCAUUAAGUUCCUAAAUUUGGAAGUCAGAUAUGUAAAAAUUGUGACAUUUGAAGUCACAUUAUGUAGAUAAAGAAGAAAAAGCAUUAAAUUUUGGAAGUCAUAAGCCAAAAUCAAGAAGUAAAUGACUCCCAAACUUCCAUUAAUAAAAGUCCUGUGUGAACAUGAUUAAUAUAUUGAACCACAAGGAUUAGACAGUGUUAUUUAUAACUUGAAUAACACUUACUUACAUUCAUAUUUCAUUGCAUUAUCCCUGUAAGAGUCAGCAGAAAUAUCUGGUCAUAGUAAAUUUCAUAUUCAUGAUGUGUUAGAUUUCAUAUCCAGAAUGUCUGACUAAACUCUUUACUACCAUAUGUCACAUACAAGUAUUCUUUUACAUAAAAACCUUUUAAUUGUGAUCUUCAUUCCUUAUAUGAAUUUAUUUUAGUUUGAUUGUGUUGGAUGCUAUAAGCUUAUUGAAACACCCUCAAAUCUAUUCCUGGAACAACCAGUACUAAGCAAUGAGUGUAAAAUUUCUUGCUCACAGAAAUAAUGGCUUGCCACCGACGUGUUUGAACAAACAAAUUCUGUGUUUAAUUUGAAAUAGCUUUUUAUAGUUUAGCCAUUUUCAACCAAAAGGUCAUUUCAUUAAAGGCUAAAUUUAAGAAGUUUGUAAAUAUUUAUGUGAUGUUAUUUUAUGUUAAAUAAAAUAUAUUGAAAUACCA